CCGCCAUUUCGGGCGCUGCUGUGAGGCUGAGACCUUAGCCGGUCCGCUGGGCGGCGGGCGCCGGGGCUGGAGGGGCGCGCGCGGCGGCGGCGGCCCAGCGUGUAGGCGCGGAGGCGGCCAUGGCAGGCAACUUCGACUCGGAGGAGCGGAGUAGCUGGUACUGGGGGCGGCUGAGCCGGCAGGAGGCGGUGACGCUGUUGCAGGGCCAGCGGCACGGGGUGUUCCUGGUGCGGGACUCGAGCACCAGCCCCGGGGACUAUGUGCUCAGCGUCUCCGAGAACUCGCGCGUCUCCCACUACAUCAUCAACAGCAGCGGCCCGCGCCCGCCGGUGCCACCGUCGCCCGCCCAGCCUCCGCCCGGGGUGAGCCCCUCCAGACUCCGAAUAGGAGAUCAAGAGUUUGAUUCAUUGCCUGCUUUACUGGAAUUCUACAAAAUACACUAUUUGGACACUACAACAUUGAUAGAACCAGUUUCCAGACCCAGGCAGGGUAGUGGAGUGAUUCUCAGGCAAGAGGAGGCAGAGUAUGUGCGAGCCCUCUUUGACUUUAAUGGGAAUGAUGAAGAAGAUCUCCCCUUUAAGAAAGGAGACAUCCUGAGAAUCCGGGAUAAGCCUGAAGAGCAGUGGUGGAAUGCAGAGGACAGCGAAGGCAAGAGGGGGAUGAUUCCAGUCCCUUACGUCGAGAAGUAUAGACCUGCCUCCGCCUCAGUAUCGGCUCUGAUUGGAGGUAACCAGGAGGGUUCCCACCCACAGCCACUGGGUGGGCCGGAGCCUGGGCCCUAUGCCCAACCCAGCGUCAACACUCCGCUCCCUAACCUCCAGAAUGGGCCCAUUUAUGCCAGGGUAAUCCAGAAGCGAGUCCCUAAUGCCUACGACAAGACAGCCUUGGCUUUGGAGCUCCCUGCUGAUAGCCUGGGAAAAGCCGUGGAAGAUGGUCCAAGUGCUUGGCCCCUGUCACCCACAUGGGAGACCCGGAUGAAGCUGCUGGCUCCUUGCUUCAGCCUAGCUCGCCCAUGGCCAUUGCAGCCCACUUGGGAAAUGAACCAGCAGAUAGAAGAUCUCUGUCUCUCUCUCCAACUCUGACUUUCAAAUAAAAAAAUAAAUCUUAAAAAAAAAAAAAAGAUGAAAAAGACUGACCUUAGCCUUGUGAUACAAAAUGCAUGCAUUGAGAUUGAUCAAUAGAUUAAUCACUCCAUCAGUCUAUGUAUAUGUUUCAUAUAUAUGAAGCAUUUGACCUGCCAUAAAGCAAGAUCUACUUUAAAUUGAUAAAUUUAAGUCAUUUGGUGUUAUAUUCGGGCCAGCCUCCAAGUUCCCAGGAGGUACCUAGGGAAGGAAGAAGCACGAAAUGUGAGGCUCUGCGUUAUCCUCUCUUGCUUUAACUGAAGCAACUCUGUUUUAACUGUGAUACGUAUUGGGGUCUCGAUAAGAUUUUCAUUGGGGGGCCGCUGCUGUGGCUUGGUAGGUUAAGCCUCCACCUCAGGCACCGGCAUCCCAUAUUAGUGCCGGUUCGAGUCCAAGUUGCUCCUCUUCUGACCCAGCUCCCUGCUAAUGUGCCUGGGAAAGCAGGAAGAAGGUCCAAGUGCUUGAGCCCCCUGAAUCCACGUGGGAGACCUGGAAGAAGCUCUUGGCUCCUGGCUUCGGAUCGGCCCAGCUCUGGCCAUUGCAGCCAUGUUGGGAGUAAACCAGCGAAUGGAAAACCUCUCUUUCUGUCUCUCCCUCUCUGUAACUCUGACUUUCAAAUAAAUAAAUAAAUAAAUCUUUUUUUAAAAUUCAAAUGAGAAAGGUUUCUUAAAGAAGUUUUUUCUUUGAAGAAAAACUUUAAAUAAAAUUUUAAAAUAGUAUUCAAGAGCUUCCUGCAUUCAUCUUACAGACAGGUGUUUCCUGCAUGUUGUGUUUGUUAUUCAAAAGGCAGAGAGACAGAGAACGAGACAAAGACUUCUUCCUACAGGUUCAUUGUAAAUGAUCCCAACAGCUGGGGCCGUGCAAGGCCAGAGCCAGGAGCUUCAUCUGGAUCCCAUGUUGGGUGACAGAAGCCUAACUAUUUGAGCCAUCACCUGCUGCUCCCAGGAUGUGCAUUAUUGGGAAGCUAGGGUUGGAAGCAGAGACAGGACUAAACCAGCACCUCUACUAUGGGAUGUGGGGUCCGGAGCUGCAGCCUAACCCGCUGUUCCAGAACAGCCACCUGGAAUAUAAGUUAGUAAAUAAUUUUUCUCUUCCCAUGCACUAGGUUUCUCCAGAGAGUUGAAGAAUGUGGAAAGAAGGUACUAACUUAACCAGCAAAGCCUGGGCCUUCCUCUGCCACCGUAGUUCAUAGGGUUGAUGAUGGGUCAGCCGUAUUCUGAGGGAUAGAAUAGUGAAUGGGACACACACCAUCUGUUCCAUCCUGGUGUCUCCUGAUGAAGACAGACGUGAAAUAAGUGCAGAUAGUCUAGUGUUUCAAAGGAAAAAUCUUUAAAGAUGCAGAGGCAUUUUUCAUAGUUUGAUCUUAGAUUCUAUUUGUUUUAUGGCUCCUUAGGAGCGAGUAUCAUCAUAAAUUGUUUUAUAGAUUGAUUUUACUUAUUUGAAAGGCAGAGUUACAGAGAUGGGGGAGAGAGAGAGAGAGAUCUUUAUCUGGCUGAAGCCAGGGGCCAGGAUCUCCAUCCAGGUCUCCCACAUGGGUGGCAGAGGCCUGAGUCAUGGGGCCAUCUUCUGCUGCUUUCCAGAUGCAUUAGCAGGGAGCUGGAUCAGAAGAAGAGCAGCCAGGACUCUAACCAUUGCUCAUGGGAUGCUGGUGCCUUAGGCCACCACUGCUCCACAGCUCUGGCCCCAGGAUAAAUCUUGUAUAUGCAGGUGUUAAAUUAAUUUUAUACCUCUAUAAACUGUCCAUUCACCUUUUCAUUAGUUGUGCUAAUUCAUCCUGGCAUUUUGCCUUUGAUAGAUAAGAGUUGAGAGUAACCUGGGAACAUCUUGAAUAUUCUUGAGCCUAGGCCUGUUCUUCAUGUUACACAUAGGGAUGACGUGAACCUGCUUUGGGUCCUUGGUGAUACACAACAAUGAUGACAUCAACUCCACAUUCACCAUGUGGAACUCUUUGAAAUCUAAGGUUUGGCCUUUUUUAAAAAAAAAAAAAAUUAUUUAUUUGACAGAGUUACAGAGAGAGAGGUCUUCCAUCCGAUGGUUCAUUCCCCAUUUGGACGCAACGGCUGGAGCUGUGCCAAUCCGAAGCCAGGAGCCAGGAGCUUCUUCUAGGUCUCUCAGUUGGGCCAUCUUCCACUGCUUUCCCAGGCCACAGCAGAGAGCUAGAUCAGAAGUGGAGCCACCCGUAUGGUAUGCUGGCGCUUCAGGCCAGGGCGUUAACCCUCUGCACCACAGCACCAACGGUUUGGCCUUUUGUUAAAGAGGGGGGAGAAUGAGAUUGAAAAACAAGAGAAUGUGAGCCACAAGUCCUUGAUAUAUCCUGUUUAUCUUUUUCUGGAAUUGUAGCUGUAGAUUUUUAUACCGUUCAUUGAGACAGCUGACUGCUUCCCCUCUUUGUUCUGUUCCCUUUGGACAUCUUCAUUGCACAGCAUGAAUCUCAGUGGGGAGGAACUGUGGAAGUAACAGGGCGCCGGUUCUAGUCCCGGCCACUCCUCUUCCAAUCCAGCUCUCUGCUGUGGCCUGGGAAAGCAGUAGAAGAUGGCUCAAGUGCUUGGGCCCCUGCACCCGCGUGGAAGACCAGGAAGCUCCUGGUUCCUGGCUUCAGAUUGGCGCAGCUCCAGCUAUUGUAGCCAUUUUGGAGAGUGAACCAGUGGAAGGAAGACCUUUCUCUCUGUCUCUCCCUCUCACUGUCUGUAACUCUACCUCUAAAAUAAAAUCUUAAAAAAAAAAAAAAAACAGAGUUAGCUUUCAAAUGUUGAAGGAAAGCCCUUUGGCAUCUUCACAGAUGACUUGUUGUUUAAAUGUAUGUUUAUUGAUUUAUUUUCAUCUACUUGAAAAGCAGAGUGACCAAGAAAGGGAGAGAGAGAGAGACGUUCUUUGUGCUGGUUCAUGCUCCAAGUAGUUGCAUCAGUAAGGGCUGGGCCAAGAGGAAACCAGGAGCCAGGAUUCUAUCCUGUUCCUCCAUAUGUGUGGCAGGGACUUAAGUACGUUAGCCAUCAUCUGCUGCUUCACAGGCAUAUUGGCAGAGAGCUGGAUCAGAAGCAGAGUAGCCAGGACUCAAGACUACACUCCAGUAUGAACUGUGGAUGUUCGAAGUGAUGGCCUAACUCUACUCCACAAGGCCCGCUCCCACAGGUGAUUUUUUAUUUUAUUUUAAGAAUUUUUUAAUUUGGAAGGUACAAUUAGAGAGGGGGAAAGAAAGAGAGAUUUAAUCUUCUGGUUCACUUCCCAAAUAGCUGCAAGUGGGUAGGGCUGGGCCAGACUGAAACCAGGAGCCAGGAGUUUGUUCUGGAUCUCCCACAUGGGUGCAAGGGCCCAAGGACCUGGGCCAUCUUCCGCUGCCUUUCCAGGUGCAUUAUCAAGAAGCUGGAUUGGAAGUGGAGCAGCCAGGACUUGAACUGGCACCCAUAGGGAAUGCCAGCAUUGCAGGCGGUGGCUUAACCUGCUACACCACAGCGCUGGCCCCAACAAUUCCAUUUAUUAAAAUGGUACGAUUUGUGUAUCUAUAUCCUAAUAACUUCAAUAAAUGUAAUUUACUUCAAUGUUUAAUGAUUGUAAUAACUAAUGAGAUGUGUACCUCUGUUAGAUACUAUUGGUUUCUCACACCUUGGGAUUGUAUUGAACAUUGCUACUCAUUUUCUUUUUUUUU